GGCCUGAGGUCAUUGGGAGCUUUUAUUAAGAGUCUCCUUUUCCGUGUCGAGAGAAGCUUUGUUUUUUCUCCAGAGUUUCAUAACGAUCCGAGACUUUCAGUGAACGUGGAAAAAAAAUGUGGCAGAGAAACGAAUUCGCAGCGUCGACGCGAACUAUUUUUUUUUAUUGAUGAACCGGAGUCUUCGUGAUUUUGCAAACUUUGGCCACUUGCGCCGUCCGGAGGACAAAAACUUCGGGAAAAGAUCUCAGAACUACGGCAACGAAAUCGACCAGUUUUUUUCGAACGAAGUCGAAAAAUCCGAUCCUCGUCAACCCACCAAAAUUGCAGGGAAAUAAUAAAUUGUCAAGUUUUCAUUCGAAUUGAGGAUCGACGAACAAAAGCAUGGUGCCGAGCCAAACAAACCGCUUGAACGCACAAAUCGUUUUUUUUAUUCCCGCGUCUCCAAUGACGUCACAAAAUAUACAUUCAGCAUCCCCAGGAAUAUAAAAGGGGAAGAUACUAAGAGAAAACGAUCGAGCCCACGCUCCAGUUUAACCUCGAGGAUGGGGGACAUCCCAGUUCCUUCCAACCCCCAUGAAAUGUUUUCCAUCCACCAAUGAGAUCGCCCGAGAGAUUCGCGUUAGUUUGGACCAAUCGCGAGGAAGAUCGUCUUCGCGAAGGGGCUGCAGGGGGAUGGAAAUCCCGAGGACAUAAGAGGACCGGGAAUCGGAUCUCGGGUGCCACUGUUUCCUCUUAACUCGGAGGAGAACGUCCUGGAAUCCUUGGAAAAAUCUCUCGUUUCCUUCUCGAUUCGGAUUUUCCCGGUUUUCGGCUCACUCGAAUGAUCAUUUAUCGCGAAUAAAUUCAAGCCCGAAGCCUGGCUUACGGUCAACUCGAUCGUGGAGUGACUUUUUUUUGAAAAUUAUUCAAAAAUCUAAUAAUUCGGAGGCUUUUUUCAAAAAGUCGUCAUGAGUGGAUCGGGAAAAAGUCUUUUGGGAAUGUGGCUGUACAGGAGAGGCCAAGAGUGGGCGAUCAAGGAAGGCAGCCCGAUGCACAAGUCCAAGGACAUUCCGCUGGUCGAGAGGACGGAAACCAACGAGACGAAAAACUCUGUUGUCUUCUCGUUGAAGAAUCAAGUCGGUGGAUUGGCCCGUGCCCUCCAAGUGUUCCAAGAUUUAGGCGUCAACGUCGUUCACAUCGAAUCACGAAAAUCCGUUCGACGAGGCUCCGAGUACGAAAUUCUUGUCGACGUCGAAUGCGACUCCAAGAAAAUGGAACAAUUGGUUAGAUUGCUCAGCCGCGAAGUGGCAGCCAUCAAUCUCGCGGAGUACGAAGAAAUCGGGGACGUAUCGCACCCACCGAUGCUCUCGGCAGCUCCGAGCUUUGAUUUCAGUGAGGUCGACAUGCCCUGGUUCCCAAGAAAAAUUGGCGAUCUCGAUCAAGCUCAAAAAGUUCUCAUGUAUGGAUCGGACCUGGAUGCUGAUCACCCGGGCUUCAAGGACCCUGUGUACAGAAAAAGACGGCAGCAGUUCGCUGACAUCGCGAAUAACUAUAAAUACGGGCAGGCCAUUCCGAAGAUUCAGUACACGAAGGAAGAAAUCAAAACUUGGGGCACAGUUUUCCGCGAGUUGCAUCAAUUGUAUUUGAAGCACGCUUGCAAAGAGUACCUCGAAAACUGGCCGAAGUUGGUCAAGUACUGCGGCUACAGGGAAGACAACAUUCCGCAAUUGCAGGACGUUUCGAUAUUUUUGAAACGCAUGACAGGAUUCCAGCUGCGACCAGUCGCAGGCUACCUUUCCCCGAGGGACUUUCUCGCAGGACUCGCCUUUCGGGUUUUCCAUUGCACUCAGUACAUCCGUCACUCCUCGGAUCCGUUCUACACGCCCGAGCCGGACUGCUGCCACGAGCUUUUGGGGCACAUGCCGCUGCUCGCGAACCCGAGUUUCGCCCAAUUUUCCCAAGAAUUGGGACUCGCUUCGCUCGGUGCAUCGGACGACGACAUCCACAAGCUGGCCACGCUCUAUUUUUUCACCGUUGAAUUCGGGCUCUGCAAACAAGACGGAAUUCUGCGCGUCUACGGUGCCGGACUGCUGUCGUCGGUCGCCGAGCUGAGACACGCGAUCGAGACGACCGAAAAGAUUUUUCGAUUCGAGCCCGACGUGACGUGCAAGCAGGAAUGCAUCAUAACCGCGUUCCAAAACGCCUAUUAUUACACCGACAGUAUCGAAGAAGCGAAGGAAAAAAUGAGAGCUUUCGCUAAUCAAAUCCAGCGCCCGUUCGGCCUCCGUUACAAUCCGUACACCCAAUCCGUGGAGGUGUUGACCGACGCCCAGAAAAUAACAGCCCUCGUGAGCGAGUUGCGCGGAGACUUGUGCAUAGUUUCGAACGCCCUGCGAAAAAUCCACGAGCAAGACGACACGGUCGACGUCGAGAGAAUAACGAGCCUGCUGACCCAAGGGAUCGACCUACCGCAGGACGUUUCCUCGUCCGAGAGCGACGAGGACAAGAGCCCGAACAACGGGGACCGGAGGAACCUCGAAUCCGGGCCGGCCGCUGACGAAGCUCACCGUCCGGAUGGGAACUCCUUGGCGCGUGAACGCUAGAGAAACGUGGAGGGAGAAUCGACGGGCCAGAAAGCGUAGAAAUCUCUAACAUUCCAAAAAUUCGCUUCGUAGAAUAAAAUUCGUUUUUCUCUCUCGUUAAAAAUGUGCCAAGAGCAAUUGCACGCCAACUAAAAACAGCGAAUUACCGAAAUUUUGGGAAUUCGAACACGAGGAAUCACACGUGACCAUGGAAAAUGAAAAUUUUCUUUAAUUUUCCCGCUGCUGAAAGAAAAAAUGUGUUUAAAUGUAUCGUCGAUAGAAAUACACGAGCUCAAUGUCAAAA